AAAACAUGAAAUCUAAUCAUAUUCGCCAUUCAACAAGUAUCAUAAAUCUCAAGAAUCAUAUGAAUGAAGCUCCAAAGCGAUUAGCUCUAAAUGCAACAAGUUUAUCGAGAUAUGUGCAAUAAUUUUUAAGCACUUCCAAAGGUAGAGAUAAAUUUAUGGCACUAUUAUAAUAUUCAUUUGAUUUUUAUCAUAGUUGUACAAAACAUUCAAACUUACUCUAUAUAUAAUAAUUGGUUUCAUAAAAUGAUUUAAAAUGUUAUGUUGUUGCUGAAAAAUUUAAAGAAGUAAUAAGUCUCACAUUAAUUUAGAGUAUUUCCUAAAGUCGAAAGAUAUUUAGACUUUUAUUUUUUCUAGAUGAAAUUAAAGGGAUAUAAAGGUUGAUUAAACAAAAUAAGCCUUUAUUGUUCAAAAUAUUAGCUAUUUCAGGACAUUAUUCAAGUUUCAUGUACUAUGUAAGUGACAACUUUUUAUGGAUUAUUGCAAUUUUGGCAUAAAGGUAUUCCCUAUUUAAGUAAUAAUAUUAGCAAAGUAUUAUAAAAAGAAAUCGAAGCAAGAUGGAAACAAAGGAAAAAUUCUUUUUCUCAAAUGAGAAUUAUAAUCAACUUGCUAAGAUUAACAAUAUUAAUAAUAUUUAGAGAAAAGUAUAAAUUAAUUAAAUUGGUGAUAGCAAAGAGAAUAGGAUUUUGUUAGAGAUGACAAAAAUAAUGACUUAAGAUACUUCAAAAAAGCUAUAAAAUUCUCUUAUUAAAUUGAGAAGAAAGAGAAGAUUUGAAAUUUUGGAGUUAAUUUUAUCAAUCCUAAGAUUCUUCAUGCUGACUAAAUCUCUAAAGAUGACAGGAUAUUAAUAUCUGGAUCCUGUGUUUGUUGCUAGUAUCAUCAUUAACAAUAUUAUUAUAGCAUGUGGGUUAGUAUCUUCAGGGUUGGCAUUAUUUAAAGCUGUUUACGAGAAAAGGAUUUUUAUUUAACUUGAUAAUUCAUCGAAGAUAGAGAGUUAAAUAAAUUAGAAGUUAUUACCAAGUUAUUAAUUUUGAUUUAUUUUU